CUAAGGAGCAUAGGAGCGCAAUUAGCAGCACUGAGCCCAACAAAAUGUGACUCUGCUGUGUUUUGUAAAAUGCUGGUGGAAACGUUCAUGUGGAAAUAGUUGGCCUACAGUCUCCUUAUAUUACCUGUUGGUCUGAAGAGAAUCACGUGUCUACGUGUUCUUGCUGUGUCUCAAAAUUGUAGACCAUGAUGGAUCGAAGAAGAGCCUUAACUAUUCCAUUUAAUGUUGACAAUAACUUGGUGGGAAACCCACUCAAAAUCUCCAUGCCAUGUCUCUCACCAAAGUGUGGGAAGUUAGAAAGACAGGUUUCCUGGACUGCAUUUGCAGGUUGCAAACUCAAACAUUGUGAUUCACAGCAUACAAAUGGAUUCACGCUGCUUGAUCACAAGCACGCUGCUGCAGUCACACUGGAAAUGGCAAGGAGGCAGCCCUGUCUGAUCCUGACCAAUGUCCUAGAGACAGAACAGGGUAAGGCCUACAUGGAAAGAAUAACACAGAGUCCAACUUCAAGGAAAUGCAGACGAGGGUCAAGUACACCGUUGGAGAGUGGGCGAAGCAAAGAGGAGCCUCUGAUCUGCAGAGACAGGAGGUCCAGUCAGAAGGAGGCUGAUAAAAACAGAAGUCAAACCCCUAAAAGCAACCAAAAGAAAAAGUCCCCACUUUCUCAAAGGUCAAGACUCUGCAGAAGGUCACAAAAUGUUGAUGACGAAGAGGACAGAGAGGAAAACAAAGAUGGCAAGCAGGUUAUAAGAGGAAAAGACAACGGAGACAACUUCAAAUACGCUGAAGUUGUAGGUUGUGGGGUGUUACUGAGAUGGGAGCCUGUAGAUGAUACCGGAAGUUGUGAUGAGUUCAUCAAGGACAGGUUGUCUGAUCCAGAAAAAGAAGUACAAAACAGUGUGAAGAGGAAAAGAAAGGAUCCAGCAUCGCCGUGCAAUGGAACCGGCAGCCCCAAACGCCACCGUGAGAGUGUGCUUCGGCUCAACGGAGAAGAAGGAAAGGAUGGAGAACUGUCCCCAACGCGUGUUUGUCAAACGGAACCCGAAGCAGACGGAGAUCCGGAAAGCCUGGACCGUACCAUUUUACAGUUCACGGAGGGAGGAGAUGACCCGACCCCCGGUCCUCAUUUAGAAGCCGGAGACUCUGUUGCUACCCCCAGACGAAGUCUUUCCUCCUGCCAGGACAACAUGACCACAUCCAGCCCCUUCGAAUCCAUUGUUCUGUCCAGUGAUGAUGAUGAUGAGGAGGAGGAGGGCGGUGGCGCUGACAUGCAGGUGCUUAUAGAGGAGCCUGUGUCAGUGACAAUUUCUCCAAACCCCAGUAUAGACUUCUCCUUCUCCACGCUGCACUGUGGUGGUUAUCGAGCGAGAGCAAAUGGAGAAAUCAUGAUAGCAGACCAAGAAAUCAUCAUCCCACUGGAAGAUGAUGAUGAUACUGGAGAGGUGGAGGUGAGGCUAUCUCUGGACCGUAAAGACAUGAGGAGGUACAGCGUGUGGGAGCAGCAGGAACUGGUGGAGCGGCAUUUUCACUUUGAGGACGACGAGGAGCCUUUCCCUGCCGCCAUUCUUCUGUUAUGUGUGUCAGAAACUGCUGCAGCUGCUUUACAGCGAGAACUACAAAAGCUGUGUGUGAAACAACAUGGAGCGACGAGCACUGGCAAAGCGAGCCCGUUUCUCCUGCUGACCCUGAGAUUUCCUGUGGUGGGAAUGGAGGGGGCUUUAUUGCGCUCCCUCCUGGACAUUGACUGUCUCAACAGUCUGGCACAAGGAACCAUUGAUUGUGUCGACAAACUUAGUUGUUUGGACGACUUCAACACUCCUGUUCUUUCUCUGGAUGAUAGCCUACAGCUGAUCAGAAGAACUGGACUGGACUCUCCCCUGCUGUCUCUGCUGGGCCUGGACUGCUCUUACCCUGGAUUAGACACAGACGAUGAUGAUCUGCUUUCUGAUAUAGACUCUCCAGGGGCUGAGCAGGCCUGAUGUUUCUUCUGCUGUUACAAUAAAUAAAACAAUU